AUGCGGAUACACGUCCUUGGAUCGGCUGCCGGCGGCGGAUUCCCGCAAUGGAAUUGCAAUUGCUCGAAUUGUAGUCGGUUGCGUCAGGGGAAUAUCAAAGCCACGGCCCGCACGCAGUCCUCCAUCGCCGUCAGCAGCGACGGCAUCGAUUGGGUGCUCUUCAACGCCUCCCCCGACAUCCGCACCCAGUUGGAGGCUUUUCCGGCCAUGCAGCCGGCCCGGUCUCUGCGCGACACGGGCAUCGUCGGCAUCGUCCUCAUUGAUAGCCAAAUCGACCAUACGACCGGCCUGCUGGUGCUGCGCGAAGGCCAGCCGCUCAACAUUUACUGCACCGACAUGGUGCACCAGGACCUCACCACCGGACACCCCCUUUUCAACGUGUUGGGCCAUUACUGCGGCGUCAAUUGGCACUCGGUGCCGCUGGAAGCCGGCGCGGAUUUCAUGAUCGAUGGCGUCGAGGGCCUACGCUUUACCGCAGUGCCCCUGAGCAGCAAAGCGCCGCCCUAUUCUCCGCAUCGCCACGACCCGCAUCUUGGCGACAACAUCAGCGUGCGCGUGGAAGACCUGCGCAGCGGCAAGAACCUGUACUACGCGCCCGGCUUGGGCAAGAUCGAGCCGCAUAUCCUUCCUUAUAUGAAGGAGGCGGAUUGCCUGAUGGUGGACGGAACCUUCUGGCGCGACGACGAGAUGGUGAUUGCCGGCCUGGGCAAAAAACUCGCCAGUGACAUGGGGCACCUGCCGCAAUCGGGCGACGAUGGCAUGUUGAGUGUCCUCGCUUCGUUACAGCGCCCGCGCAAAAUUCUGAUUCACAUCAACAAUUCGAAUCCGAUACUCGACGAGGAGUCUCCGGAGCGCGCUAUUGUCGCCAAGGCGGGCGUUGAAGUUGCCCACGAUGGGAUGGACAUUACCCUGUAA